AUGAGGAAUCCCUUCGAUAUGACCGACAUGUCGGAUUCCGUCGUCGAAGACGACUAUGAACCUAAUAUCGAUAUUCACGCCUAUCAAUCCAACGACGGCAACCGUUCCUUGCUGCAGAACGAGCGGGCCCGUGGCGAUCUCAAGGAACGCUUCAUCGGUGCGAUCGAUACCGGUACCACCAGCUCUCGCUUCAUCAUCUUUGACUGCACCGGUGUUCCCGUCGCCAAAUAUCAAAAUGAAUUCCGUCAAAUUCAUUCGCAAUCGGG